AUGAAUCCGUCGCUCCCUGUCGCAUCUGCCAUCAACGGCAUCGAGUUCCAAUUCUUCUCGGCGCAAGACAUUCGAACCGUCUCAGUAAAGCGCAUAUCAAAUCCGACCACCUUCGACUCGUUACUCCAUCCAGUUCCCGGAGGUUUGCACGAUGCUGCGUUGGGAGCUUUCUUAGACAAUUUAUGCGCCAUAUGCGGUCUUAGUACUUUGAACGGCUGUCCGGGCCAUUGCGGACAUAUCGAGCUUCCUGUACCUGUAUAUCACAUCAGCUUCCUCGACCAGCUCCUCCGCAUACUCCGAGGAAAGUGUUGCUACUGCCACCACUUUAAGCUCUCCCGCGCCGAAGUGAACGAAUACGCCGCAAAACUCCGAUUGUUACGACAUGGCUUGAUAGAAGAGGCAAACGGCAUGCACGAGCAUAUCGACAUCAACAGGGGAAAGACAACCAAGCAAGUAGAUUCAGAUGAUGAAGAGCAGGAUGAGGAUGGUAUCAUUGCCGAGCGAAAUACAUACGUUAAGAAGUGUCUGAAGCGUGCGGGUAUCUCCAAGCAUGAUGCGCAUUCGCGGAAUAACAAGACUGAGGCCGUCUCUGACGCCAGGCGGCAGGUCAUUAAAGAGUUCUACGCCGCCAUUGGACUGGGCAAGAAGUGCAAGAACUGCCAGGGCGUCAAUCCCACCUUCCGCAAGGACCGAAGUGUCAAGAUCUUCCGCAAGAAUCUCAGCGAGAAGGACAGGGUGCAGAUGGCUACGUUGGAGAAGAGAAUGGAGAACCCGCUGGACAUACUGCGGCGAAGAGACGAGAGGGCCAAGAAGCAGACCGUUCACGAUGAUGAGGGCGUUGCAGACCUUUCUGAAGAGGAUGAGAUCGCUGACAUCCUCGAUGCGCAAGAAGCCGAUGGAGGCCUGAUCGCAACCGAGUCCAUGACGGCCUCUAGGACAAAGCCGAAGUCGGCAGCGGCUGCACGCGACAACGUGCAAGAGUACAUCAACGCCGCUGAAGUUCAUGCCCACAUGGUGUUGCUGUUCGAAAAUGAAGCUGAGAUCUUGCGGUUGCUCUAUAGUCCGUACGCACGUUCCAAGUCGUCCAUGGCUGAGGUAAACGCGGACAUGUUCUUCUUCAGAAAUGUCAUCGUCCCACCCAACAAGUACAGGAUGGAAGACAAGACGGGAGAUUCGAUCGCCGAAAACCCGAGAAACACUCUCUACAAGAACGUCCUCAACGCCUGUGAGUCAAUGCGCCAGAUCACUCGAGAGAUGCGUGGAGCGGAAAACGAAGCGGGCUAUCGGCGACGUGAUUUCGGCGAUCUUCAGAAUAUAUGGGUUACUCUCCAGGGAGCGGUCAACUCGCUAGUUGACAAGGACGCCAAUCCAGCGUCUGGUCUUGCGGGGAAGAACAGCGCAGACGGUGUCAAGCAGCUGUUGGAGAAGAAGGAAGGUCUUUUCCGGAAGAACAUGAUGGGCAAGCGUGUCAACUUCGCCGCCCGAAGUGUCAUCUCUCCAGACCCCAACAUUGAAACCAACGAGAUCGGUGUACCGCCUGUAUUCGCACAGAAAUUGACUUUUCCAGAACCCGUCACAAAUCACAACUUCUACGACAUGAAAGAGGCUGUGCUCAAUGGACCGGAUAAAUGGCCGGGAGCGGUCGCCAUUGAAAACGAGUACGGUCAAGUCAUCUCGCUGAGGAAAAAGAACUUUGAAGAGCGACAGGCUCUGGCAAACCAAUUGCUUGCGCCUUCAAAUGCCUUCAUGAACGGAUCUAAAAAUAAGAAAGUACACAGGCAUCUGGUUAACGGUGACGUAGUCAUUAUGAACCGUCAGCCAACACUCCAUAAGCCGUCCAUGAUGGCACAUCGUGCUCGAGUUCUACCUGGCGAGAGGACGAUCCGCAUGCACUACGCCAACUGCAACACGUACAAUGCUGAUUUCGAUGGUGACGAGAUGAAUAUGCAUUUCCCACAGAACGAGUUGGCUCGAGCCGAGGCAAACCUUGUAGCCAACACCGACAACCAGUAUCUAUCUGCAACUGCAGGAAAGCCUCUCAGAGGUCUUAUCCAGGACCAUAUCUCUAUGGCAGUAUGGUUGACAAGCAAAGACAUGUUUUUCACGCGUGAAGAGUAUCAAGAGCUGUUGUACUCCAGCCUUAGGCCUGAGAAUGGCCACACGAGCUCAGGCACCCUACUUACUGUUGAACCUACGAUCUGGAAACCCCGCCCGCUGUGGACCGGUAAACAGCUUAUAACUACGGUUUUGAAGAACAUCCAGCCCGCAGACUACCACGGCUUGACUUUGACGUCGAAAUCACAGACAAACAAAAACCUAUGGGGCCCAUUCACAGAGGAGCAAGAAGUCAUCAUACAAAACGGCGAGCUCUUAUCUGGUAUCCUUGAUAAGAGCCAAAUCGGUCCAGCAGGUGGUGGUUUGGUGAAUGGCAUCUAUGAAGCACAUGGAGCCAGGUCUGCUGGUCAGGUACUCAGUGUGCUCGGCCGGUUGCUGACGAGACUGUUGAACAUGCGCGCAUUCUCUUGCGGCGUUGAAGACCUCAUUCUUACACGUGAAGGUGACGAAGCCCGAUUACAAGAGCUUAGGAAAGCAGAGAAGGUCGGAUUUGAAGUCGCUUCAAACUACGUAACAUUGGAUCCAAGCAAAAUACAGCCGACGAACAAAGAGUUGAAGAGACGGCUGGAACAGGUGCUGCGAGACGAAUCGAAGGCGAAGACGCUUGACAUGUUGAACAACACUGCAUCGGCCAAGAUUUCUUCCUCCGUCACUGCAGCUUGUCUGCCCCAUCAGCUCAUCAAACUGUUCCCAAAGAAUCAGAUGCAGACCAUGACAGGCUCUGGAGCCAAGGGUAGUCUGGUCAACGCCAAUCAGAUCUCGUGUAAUCUCGGCCAACAGGUUCUGGAAGGCCGUCGGGUCCCUGUGAUGAUCAGUGGCAAGUCGCUUCCAUGCUUCAAGCCUUAUGAGACCAGUGUCCGAGCCGGAGGUUACGUUGUAAACCGCUUCUUGACUGGUAUCAGGCCGCAGGAGUACUACUUCCACACCAUGGCCGGCCGAGAAGGUCUCAUUGAUACCGCCGUCAAGACGUCGCGUUCCGGUUAUCUCCAGCGAUGUGUUAUCAAGGGUCUAGAAGGUCUUCGUGUUGAGUAUGACACAUCAGUCCGCGAUUCGGAUGGCAGUAUGGUCCAAUUCUUGUACGGAGAAGAUGGUCUCGACUCUACGAAGCAGAAGUUUCUCAAUGACUUCAAGUUUCAGGCUGAGAACUUCUGGUCCUUGACUGAAUCCCUGCAGCUUGGGGACGCGUACGGGAAGGUGUUCAGCGAAGAAGCCACCGAGUAUACCAAGUCUGCCUAUAAAAAGUACAAGAAGAGUGGCAAGCUUUCCGCCAAGGGCCCAGCCCUUGCAGAGUAUCCGCCCAGUCGUUUCAGUGGCAGCACUUCGGAGACGUUCUUCGCUGCGAAGGCUGAUUACUGUGACGCGAAUCCUGACGGUUUGAUUAAGAAGAAGAAGUCAGAUGGUUCGGGGGAUAUCCUCCGAAGGAACUUCGAAAGAAUACUCGACAUCAAAUACCUCCGCUCGUUGGUCGAACCGGGCGAAGCAGUGGGUGUUGUCGCUGGACAAUCUAUUGGCGAGCCUUCGACCCAGAUGACACUAAACACCUUCCAUUUGGCUGGUCACGCUGCCAAGAACGUCACCCUUGGAAUACCGCGUCUUCGAGAAAUCGUUAUGACUGCUAGUGCCAAGAUCAGUACUCCCUCGAUGACGCUAUAUCCUCAUACAGAACUGUCGAUAAGUGACAUGGAGAAGUUCGCCAAAAGCAUCAGUCGUCUUCCCCUUUCGUCAGUACUGGACAAGGUUACCGUGACUGAGAACGUCGGCACCGGCACACAGUUUUCUCAGGCUCGCCAAUACACAAUCCGUCUCGACUUCUACCCUGCCAAGGAGUACACGCAAGAGUACGCUAUCCAGGUACGCGAUGUUGCCGAAUCGAUCGAGAAAAAGUUCUGUCCACGGCUGCACAAGAUGGUUCGCAUGGAUCUCAAGAAAAAAGGUGAGAACAGGUCGCUGUCCACUGCUAGGUCAGCGGGUGUCCCUGCCAUUGGCGAAGCCUCCGGCAGCAUUGAGCAACAAACCAUCCGCCAAGAUGAUGCUGCCGAGGAAGGCGGCAGAGACGAUGACGUGAUGAGCGACGAUGGGGAGACCGAGGGCGACGCCACUGAUGCUAAGCAGCGAGGCAGACGCGAAGACAGCGUAGAAUUUGACGCUCCCGAAGAAGGCGAGCAAGCUGCUGAGGACGUGGACGCAGAGAGCGAAGACGAAACCUAUGGUGGCAGCCCCAAGGCAUCUCGCCCCUCCACACCCGAGCCAGCCUCCGACGACGAAGACGCCGAGCCCCUUGUGCCUCGCGAAGAGUCUUCCGAAAUCCGCGAAGGUCGCGUCACCCACACCUGCGCCGACAUCUCCGCCUUCAAAUUCGACGACAAGGCCGGUGCCUACUGCGAAAUCACAUUCGAGUACAGCGUCCACACGCCCAAGCUCCUCAUGCUCAACCACGUCGAGGCCGCUGCUGAGUUUGCCACCAUCCACGUCAUCCCCGGCAUUACCAGCGCUGUGCUUGUCUCCAAAGACUCGGGCACCGGAAAAGACCUCGACGAGCCGUACAUCCUCACCGAAGGCUCCAACCUCAUCGCCAUGCGGGAAUUUGGCCACAUCAUUGACACCUCCCGCAUCGCUACCAACGACAUUCACUCAAUGCUAACGCUCUACGGCGUUGAAGCCUGCCGCGCGUCCAUCGUCAAGGAAAUCCACGCCGUCUUCAGUGGCCACGGUAUCAGCGUCGACCAGCGGCAUCUGAGUCUUAUCGCGGACACGAUGACCAAGGGCGGCGGGUUCACGGCGUUCAACCGCAUUGGCAUGAAGGGCAACCCGUCGCCGUUUAUGAAGAUGAGCUUCGAGACGACGGUGGGGUUCUUGAAGGAUGCGGUGCUGGAGAGGGAUUGGGAUGAGCUGAGGAAUCCGAGUGCGAGGAUUGUGGUGGGGAGGCUGGGGACGGUGGGGACGGGGAGUUUCGAUGUGCUCGCGCCGGUUCUGGCACAGGAUCCGCUUAAGGAGGAGGUGUUGGAGACGGCGGACGACGACGUCCAGAUGGAGGAUGCGUAA